AUGUCCCAGGACAAGCCUGUCUACCCUACGAUGGGGGAGAACAACCCACUUCACAACAGCGUCUAUGGACCACCCAAAACUGAUGAGUUUGGGAUGUCCCCUCCUAACUACACCCAGGGCCCAGGGGCACCUCCAUACACAGAGCCAGACCCCUACGGUCAUGGAUAUGGUCAGCCUGGUUAUGGCCAACCUGCUGCACCAGAGUUCGGCCCUGGACCGUACCCACAGAUGCCAUACCUAGAAAUGCUAUACCCACAGGGGCCAUACCCUCGGGGGCCACACCCCCAGGGCCCCUACCAGCAGGGGCCCAUCCAACCUGGCUUUGGUGUAGAACCUAAUGCUUCAAUGGAAAGCCCUGGAUACCAUGGUGGAGAUGACCCCCCCUCUUACUAUGGCAAUGAUGAGUUUGCCAAAUCUAACUUGGAAGAUAAGAGUAUUCGACAGGCAUUUAUUAGAAAGGUGUUUCUGGUCCUGACUGUUCAGCUGAUGGUCACCUGCUCUUUUGUUGCCGUUUUCAGCUUUACAAUCGACAUCAAAAUGUUUGUGCGGAGAAAUCGGUGGACGUACUAUGUGUCCUAUGCCAUCUUCUUUGUGUCUCUUAUCGUUCUUAGCUUCUGCGAUGAGUUCCGCCGCAAACACCCAUGGAACCUGGUGGCGCUGUCCAUCCUGACACUGAGUCUGUCCUACAUGGUUGGCAUGAUUGCCAGCUUUUAUGAAACAGAUGUGGUCAUCAUGGCAGUGGGCAUCACUGUAGUGGUCUGCUUCACAGUUGUGCUCUUCUCACUGCAGAGUAAGUAUGACUUCACUUCCUGCUGGGGCGUGCUUUUUGUCUGUCUGAUCGUCCUGCUUCUCGCCUCUAUCCUCUGCACCGUCUUUCAUAACAAAAUUCUGCACAUUGUCUACGCCUCGCUUGGGGCCCUGCUCUUCACCUGCUUCCUGGCGGUGGACACCCAGCUUCUUCUGGGCAACAAGAAGUUGGCCAUUAGCCCAGAGGAGUAUGUCUUUGCAGCCCUCAACCUCUAUACUGACAUCAUCAACAUCUUCCUUUACGUCCUGUCUGUUGUGGCCCGCUUCAGGGAAUGA